AUGGAUCAUAGUUCUGAUGUGGAUAUUGCUAAAUUGAAGAGUAAAUUUAGGUCAGUUUUUCAGCCUGGAACGGGCGAAAUUAAGGGUGUUAAGGCUCAUAUUGUUUUGAAGGAAGGGACAGUCCCUAAGUUCUGUAAGGCGACACCAGUGCCUAUUGCGUUAAGGGAGAAAGUUGAGAUUGAGUUGGACCGAAUGGUUCAAGAGGAUGUUGCGUACAGAGUUACUAAUUCACAGUGGAGCACUCCACUUGUGGUUGUCCCUAAGCCUAAUGGUGUUAGGCUUUGUGCCGAUUAUAAAAUUACCCUUAAUCAGUGUAUUGAAAUGGAACAUUAUCCGCUUCCACAGGCUCAAGAUAUUUUUGCAACUCUAGGCGGUUGCUCAGUUUUUAGCUGCCUUGAUCUUUCAAAUGCGUAUCAGCAAUUGGCGGUAGCGGAUGAAUCGCAACAUCUGUUAACCUUAGCCUAA